AUGCAGGCCGUUGGAGAAAUGAUGUCGCACAUGAAUGUGGAUACCACCCCGCCCUCGUCGGCGCCCUCUUCGCCAAAGCCAAGUCCGCCUACCUCAAGACCGGCGUCGAGCAGGUCAAAAAGAAACUCGGGGAUAGAAGGUGGCAUUAAGGAAACCCUCAACGCCGUCCUGAAGGAGUCGGAGGACGGCAGCAGAACCCUAAACCAGUAUGUUCUCAUGCAGACCCUCGGCCGCGGAGCGUACGGGACUGUCUACUACGGUCUCGACACCACCGACCCGGCGAACCCUGAACCAGUGGCUAUCAAAGAGUUCUCGAAACAAAAGUUACGACGACAAAAGCUGCAGAGGGAAGGAGGGGCAUUCGGGGCGCGUGGGAGGUUUCGAGGGCGUGGAAGGGGUGCGGCAGCAACGCAAAGGGCGGAUGCGCUGAGUCGAAGUGAUAAUCCCAUCGAUCUUGUGAGAGGGGAGAUCGCUAUUUUCAAGAAGCUAGAUCACCCCAACGUUAUCAGCUUGUUCGAGGUGCUAGACGAUCCGGAGCAGCAUCGUUCUGGAUUCUGCCACCACCGAAUUGACGUCCGAACCGCAUUCUCCGCACAGGACUCUCUGUGGAUGGUCUUCGAACUUUGUUCCCGAGGUGCUAUCCUUGACGUCUCGACCGAAAAGGCAGUUCAACCCCUUUCGGAGGCAGAAUCGCGGCGACUGUUCCGUCAAAUGAUCCUUGGAAUAGAAUACUUGCACGAUCACGAUAUAGCACACAGGGAUAUCAAACCCGACAACAUGCUCCUGGCAGAGGACGGAACGUUGAAGAUUGUGGAUUUUGGUGUAUCGGAAAUGUUUGACCCUGCAAAUGACAAGGUCAAGACGUCCGCAGGGUCGCCGGCAUUUUCGGCCCCGGAGGUUUGCGCUCCCCACAAUGGAAAUCACUCCGCACGGGCAUGUGACGUGUGGGCAAUGGGCGUCACGCUCUAUUGCAUCCUGUUCGGAAAACUUCCAUUUCACGGAGCCUCUAUAGUCGACCUAUUCGAAACGAUUAUGAAGGACGAGCCAGAGAUCCCAAGCUCAACGAAUCCAGCGGAAUCCGAUAUCCUGCAUAGAUUAUUAGAGAAGGACCCGGAAAAGCGCAUAACGAUCGAACAGCUGCGGUCUCACCCAUGGGUGACGGAAGACGGACGGGAUCCCUUACCGGGGAAACAGGAGAUCGGUGUCCCUGUACCAGAUAUUACGGAAGAAGAUAUCGUUCUCGCUGUCAAAGGCGUUCGACCAUUAUUCACCGUGCUCAAAGCCGUUGCCAAAAUGAAAAUGAGACGACUAGCCAGUCGAUCCUCAUCCACGGAUGACACUGGACCCGCCAACGGAACGGGGGAUCUAGUACGGUAG